AAGAAAAAUAAAAUACAAAAUUGUGCCUCUCUCUCUCAAAAAAAAAAAAAAAAAAAAAAGAAUUUGCAGGAAACAAAAAAAUGGCAUCGAGUUUGUUAAGAACCCUAACGAGAUCGUCAAAUUUUGGUUCAACCACCAGAAACUUUAGCCUCGUUACCAGCCAAAUUAGCAACCAUACUGCAAAAUGGAUGCAGGAUACUACCAAGAAGUCUCCAAUGGAGUUGAUCAAUGAAAUUCCUCCCAUCAAGGUGGAAGGCAGGAUUGUUGCAUGUGAAGGAGAUACUAACCCUGCACUUGGGCAUCCAAUUGAGUUCAUUUGCCUUGACCUGAAGCAGCCAGCCGUCUGCAAGUACUGCGGUCUACGCUAUGUCCAGGAUCAUCAUCACUAGGAGUUUGAUCCUUUCUAGGGUUGCUGUUUUUAGGCAACCCAUGUCUGUCUCUAUGAUCUUGUUUCAAUCCUAAAUGCAUGAUUAGUGAUUUUGACAAAAAUCCUUGUAUCACUAUAUUUUAAUAUCAAAUGAAUAAGGAUUUGACGUGACCACUA